AUAACUUUUACUUACCGAAACAGAUACACCCUCAAAGGCUCUAUUAAUCAAAUCAAACCACUGCUCGUUUUCGUUCUAGACUAAAGUCGAACUUGGUGACCAAGUACGGGUUUGUACAAGUCUAGAUAGGACCCAAAACCAGAGCUAAACGUGAGAAAGAAGGGUGAAAGAAAAACACAAAGGUUGUGCAAAUUGCAAAAUUGUCCCUUUUUGAUGCACAACAAUUCCAGUCUCUGUCUCACUCUCAAUCCCACGCAAACUCUAAAUUCUCUCUCUUCUCUUUCUUCGUCAUCUUUGAAUGUCACCUCAUUUAUUUGUUUUAAUCAAUUGUUAAUCUAAGUAAUUAAGAAUAUUUUCUUACUUGGUUGACAAAACCCAAAUCAAACACCAAUUGUAUGCAACAAUUCAAUCGAUCGGAUCAAAUUAGAUAAACCCUAACAAGGGUUUGAAUUUUUGAUCCUCAAUUUAUUGAUUUUUGUUGCGGAAAUUGAAUUGGGGAAGAUCAAGAUGAUCAGGGGGAGGAGUCCACCCAAGCAUCGUCAUGAUGGGACCUCCCCUUUGCCUAUGGGGAUGGAUUGGAGUCCCCCUCCUAAGAAAUGGGGUGGUCGUGAUACUGUAUGGCCUCAUGAUCCUCGCUCUGGAUGGAGUUACUGUGUUACUAUUCCUUCUUGGGUUGCGCUUCCAAAAUCAAGAUCAAGUUCUUCAGAUCCUGUAGUGUUUUACAGGAUUUUGGUGGGUAUUCAAUCACCAGCAGGAGUUACCACUACACGAGGAGUGCUGAGAAGAUUUAAUGAUUUUCUUAAGUUAUUUUCUGAUCUGAAAAGGGCAUUUCCUAAGAAAAGUCUCCCAUCUGCUCCUCCUAAAGGUCUUUUGCGAAUGAAGAGCAGGGCACUCUUGGAAGAGCGAAGGUGCUCUUUGGAAGAGUGGAUGUUGAAACUUCUUUCAGACAUUGAUAUAUCUAGGAGUAUGGCCGUGGCAUCUUUUCUCGAGCUAGAAGCAGCUGCUAGAUCUUCAUUCCUAGAAGCAAGUCAGCCGCCUUCUACAGAAAAUCCUUCUACAACCAGCAGUGUAUCUUCAGAUCAAAACCAUCCAAGUUUAAGCUUACCUGCACUUGCUAGUAGUUCAUCAAUAGCAUCAGAUUAUGGUAGUGACACUGCUUAUGAAACAUCUGAACUUGGAAGUCCCAGUUUUGGAAGGGAUGAUGUCUCUGAAGUCGGUCUAGAAGAGUUGACCUUGGACGAAGAUUUGACAAGUCCAAUGGAAAAGAUAGUUAAGUACAGCAUGUCUAAUAUUGACGAAGGCUUGUUGAUGGGAGAAAGUAUCCUGGACCAAUUGGAAAGUUUCAAAAAGCAUAAGGGGCAAAGUAGACAUAUUACAGAUAAUGGGAGUGCUUUGAAGUCUGCGAGUCUGGCUGUUGAUAGGGCAGGUAGUUCAUUUGAGGCAGAUCCUAUCAAGGUAGUCAACCAUAUACGGAAGACUUCAAAUGAGAGUGUAGGGAGUGACCUGAGUUCUUAUAGAGGCGGUGAAAUGUCAAAUUCAUGGGCUCCUAACUUGCUCAGUGAAGCAUCUCUUGACCUUCCCAGUGGAGCUGAGGCUUUUAGGACCAUGGGGAGCCCUAGCAGUUCAGAACUGCAAUAUAGUAUUGGAGAUGUAGUUCUUCCGAGAGAUCAACAGCCUAAACUUGAUAGAACUCUUAUGAUCAUACAGCGCAGGUUAGUGACUGCGAAAACAGAUAUGGAGGAUCUUAUUUCAAGAUUGAAUCAAGAAGUUGCUGUCAAGGAAUACCUUACUACAAAGGUGAAGGAUUUGGAAGUUGAACUUGAAACUACUAAAGAGAAGAGUAAAGAAAACCUCCAGCAGGCACUGUCACUUGAAAAAGAAAGGGUUACAAAAAUGCAGUGGGAUAUGGAGGAACUACGGCGAAGGUCGCUAGAGUUUGAGCUUCAGUUGAAAUCUCAAGAUGCCAAGUUGCCAGCAGACUUCAUGAGCCUAUCUGCUUUCCCGGAGAAGGAUGAACUGUUUCGAGAGUUAAAAGCUACUAAAGACCAACUUAAUAUCUUGUUAAAGCAACAUGAAGAACUAGAGGUGAAAUCUAAAUCGGAUAUCAAGCUGCUUGUUAAGGAGGUUAAAUCUCUGAGAAGAUCUCAAGUUGAUCUGAAGCAAAAACUCGAUGAAUCAUUACAGGAAAAGACUGAAGUGGAGCUACUCUUACAGCAAGAAAUGGAGAGAAAUGAACAUGCUUUGGCAGCAAAGAGAAAGCUAUUACAUGAUUGUCAAACCCUUCAGAGUCAGCUUCUGGAGUGUAAUAUUAAGAUUGUAGAUAAUAAUUUUACGGUUGAUUCAUCCUCGAUAUCAGAUGUUUUGGAUCUUCUGGCAGAUUCUGACAAGCAAAUUGGUGUUUUAUUGGCAGAGACUCAACAACUGGCUCCUGCACCUAACACGCUUUCAAAUAACGAUGACUUGAAGAAAACGUUGGAUCAUGAGUUAAGGGUUGUGUUGAGAGAUAUAUUUUCUGAUAACGCAAAGUUGAGAAAGCAGGUGAACAAUUUUAUCAGGUCUGCUCUCCAAACUGAUAGUUCUUCAAAUGAAAAUGGUAAUCAAGGUUUACCUAGAGAGACUGUUUUAAAACAGCUUUUUGAAACAUGAAUACCAUUGAGUACAGACGUAGGUUUUUACACUCCCUUGUGUGUAACAUGGGCAAUUUCCUUGAACAUUUACCUUUGGCCUUGUAACUUGUAAGUUUUCCCGGGUACAUGCGGCAACAGGUUGCACUUAUAUGUGAAUACUGAGAAUGGUGUAUGCUCUCUCUUUUUAUCGUGUAGCCCAUUUUUACGUAAUUAUGAAUAAAACAUUUCAUUGA